AUGCCCACUAUCCCAGCCCGCUCAUUUGCCUCUGCCCGGCUUGCAGCCGGACAAGCCAUCAAAGUCACCAACACAAGCGGCAGCCAAGUCAUCGACACAUGGGCAUUUUCCAUCCCUUUCCAAGGCAACUUCCCCGUUUACAUGUCCAUGGUUCAUACACGGUCAACUCCUCAUGAACUACUUCCCCCGAAUCAGGAGUCGUUUCUCGACAACCGACGAAAACCUAUCCUCACAAUGACGCAGGACACGUCUCCAGGAGUGCACGAUGUCCUGUUUGCUGCUUGUUCACCAGAGCGUUACGUUCAACUUGGCGCAUCAGCGGAUCAUGAUAAUUGCGCCAAUAAUCUGUAUAAUGCAGUUAAGUCGUAUGGUGAUUCUGCAUUCAACAAGGUCGUUGAGUUUCUUGAGUAUGGAUGGACACCCGACCCGCUGAACUUGUUUAUGAAUGUCAUUGUGAAGGGGAAUAAGUUGCAAAACUUAGAGCCACAGAGCAAGCCUGGGGACUAUGUCGUUCUACAAGCGGAACAGGAGUGUGUUGUGUUCAUGAGUGCGUGUCCGAUGGAUGUUACUGCUUGUAACGGUGGGAAGCCAACAAGUGCUGAAUUUGAAGUGCUGGACAGGGCGUCGUGA